AUGCCGGCAACACACGUGUAUGGAAUGAUGCACAAUGUGCCUCCUACUUUAUCAUUUACUGGAAAUGUAGCGAAGAAUUAUCGGGACUGGAAGAAGAUCUUCGAUAACUACAUGAGAGCAACGAAGCAGAUAAAUGAUAAGGAUGAAGAUAAAAUCGCAACCCUCCUGAACGUGGCGGGAAACGAAGCAAUCCUGAAACAAGAAAAGAUACUGAAAGGUCUUAGUGAAGAAGAUCAGAAGGACUACGGGAAGGUCGUCGGCGCAUUGAAGAAGUAUUGUGAUUCCUUGUACGAAUACAAUGAAACGUAUGAGCGAUUCAUUUUCAGCCGGCGUGAUCAACAAGAAGGAGAGUCCUUUGACAGCUUCUACCAGGCCAUUCAAGAACUUGUGGUAAGCUGCAAUUAUCCAGAUCAGUCAAAACAGCUUCGUGAUCGCAUCGUUCAAGGAACAAGGGACAAGAGCUUGCAAGAAUCACUCCUACGCAUCAAAAACCUCACGGAGGACGUGGCAGCACAACAGGCAAGAUCAGCUGAGACAUCAAGAAACCAAGUGCUGGCCAUGGCCAGGUGCAGUGCGGGUGAGUCCUUGUCAAACGAAGCUACAGUUGACUCUAUGAAGACGAAGAAUCAAAGAGGAUGGAACAAUCCUAAGCAGAAGACAAACCCUAGAGCAAAUCCAAAUCCAAACCCACAACCGAAGAUGACACCAAACCCCACAGAUGAGCAACCACGAGGGAAGUUCCGCUGUAUCAAGUGUGAUACUCACCACCCUAAGUUCAAGUGUCCUGCUUAUGGACAAACCUGUGGAAACUGUGGACGACUAAAUCAUCUCACCAAAUGCUGUAGAGUUGAGAUCAAGCAAGUGGCGGAAUUGAAGACAAAUGAAUCUGACGAAGAUAUAGUCGUGUUACAUCACCUGAAAUCACUUGAUACAGCAACCGAAUGGAGAGAGCUUAUCAAAAUUGGAAAUAAACAAAUAGUUUUGAAGCUGGAUCCAGGAAGUGAUGUCAACACUCUUACUUGGGAUUUUGUGAAAACCCUCAAAGAAAAGGAAAACAUGAGGCCUUGCAAAACUCUCAUAGCACCUUAUGGCACUUCAUCUCCACCAAUUAAAGCAGCGGGCAAAUUACUAGUGAAUGUUGAAGUUCGAGGUAAGCAGUACAUGUUAGACUUCCUCGUUGUGGAUGAUGAUGUGACUCCUGUGCUUAGUAAAACAGAUUGCGAGCGCAUGGGGCUAGUCAUUCGAGUACAUGAAGUGAAAACAACAACACCUCAAACGAAAGAAGAGUUUGUUAACAGUCACAAGGACUCAUUCCAAGGGACUGGAAAAUUUCCAGGAAAAUUGAAGAUUGUAUUGCAAGAGGGAUGCAAGCCAAAACGGUCCAUCCCACACAGAAUUCCGAGUGCCAUCAAGGAUAAAUUAAAGGAAGCCCUGGAUGAUCAAGAAGCACGAGGAAUAAUUCGCAAGGUUCAAGAAAUCACUCCUGCAACAGUCAUAAACAACCUUGUGAUCACUGAGAAGCCUGACAAGUCUCUUCGUAUUUGUUUGGACCCAAGUGAGUUAAAUAAAGUCAUUCUCUCAAGACCUCAUCAAGUACCCACUACCCUAGAAAUUCAAGAAAAAUUAUCUGGCAUGAAAGUAUUCUCAGUCCUUGACCUAAAAGAAGGAUUCUACCACUGUGAAUUAGAUGAAGAAUCACAGAUGCUUUGUUGUUUUGUAACCCCAUGGGGAAUUUAUUGCUUUCAAAGGCUACCCUUUGGACUGACAUCAGCGCCUGAAGAAUUUCAAGCCAUUAAUGAAGCGAUUUUUGGAGACAUUGAAGGAGUUGUGGUGUACAUUGACGACAUCUGUUGUGCUGGAAAAAAUCAAGCGCAACAUGACAAGUCAUUAAAUGAGAUUAUGAAGAGAGCAAAGGAAAACAACAUCAGAUUCAAAGAAGAAAAAUUCCAAUACAGUCAGAAUAAAAUCAAGUAUGUAGGUCAAAUUUUUUCAAGUGAGGGUGUGGAACCUGAUCCUGAACGUAUUGAAGCCUUAAUAAACAUGCCAACUCCUCAAUCUAAGGAAAAUUUGGAAACAGCUUUAGGCAUGUUCAACUAUGUACGUCAAUACAUUCCAAAUAUGUCAGAAUUUGAAUCAACACUGCGUGAACUUACCAAGAAGGACAGACAGUGGGUGUGGCUCCCAGACCAUGAAACAGCAUUUGAGAAUUUAAAACAGAAGCUAGCUGAGGUCACUACCCUCCAUCAUUUCGAUCCAAAGAAAACCUUGGAACUCCAGUGUGAUGCAAGUAAGGUAGGCGUUGGAGCUUGUCUAAUGCAAGAGAAGAAACCAAUCGCUUGGGCAUCAAGAUCCAUGAACUCAGCUGAAAGAAAUUAUAGCCAGUCGGAGAAAGAGAUGUUGAGUAUCACUUUUGGAUUCAAGAAAUUCCACAAUCUAGUUUACGGAAGAAAAGUAAAGGUCUUCACGGAUCAUAAGAGUCUGGUACCUAUUAUGAACAAGAAUAUUUCAAGCAUUGGGUCGGACAGGCUCAAACGACUUCGUCUCAAGAUUCUGAAGUAUAAGUUUGAAAUAGAAUACCUCCCCGGCACUUCAAUGCAUAUGGCAGAUCAUCUCUCAAGAAAUUUUUUGCCUGAAACAGAAGUGGAAGAUCCGGAGAUGGUAGAAGUGGUACACUCACUCACCAGGAAGCUGCCAGUGAGUAAAUCAUAUUUAGACAAGUUACUUGCUGCGACAGAAAAUGACCUGGUAAUCAAACAAGUGAUCAAAUAUGUCAUGGAGGGCUGGCCGAAGCAAAUAUCUAAAGUACCUCAAGAAGUGAAACCUUUUUGGCAGCACCAACAUGAUCUGUAUGUCUUACAAGGUGUACUGAUGAAAGAUCACUGCAUUGUCAUCCCGAAGAAUCUCCAGAAAGAAACUGUGAAUCAACUCCAUGAAGGCCAUGCACCCAGUGAGAAGACUAUUAAGAGAGCCAAGAUGUCAGUUUACUGGCCUAACUUCGUGAGAGAUAUCACUAACUUUGUGGACAGUUGCACGGUCUGUGGAAAAUUUAAACCAAGGAAGACACCAGUCGAGUUAUUACAGCAUGAAAUUCCAGACCUACCCUGGGCCAAGCUAGGCGCAGACUUACUGUCGUUUGGAGGGAAGAAAUAUCUAAUUGUCAUGGAUUAUUUCAGCAAGUGGUUGGAAAUUAUUCCAGUCAAAAGCCUAUCAGCUGCAGCCGUAAUUGAAGCCUUAAAAAGUAUUUUCUUCAUCCAUGGUGAUCCACAGAGCAUUGUAUGCGACAACAAUCCAUUUAACAGUAAUGAAUUCCAGUUAUUUGCAAAGGAUAAAUUUGAUCUCAUCUUCUCAAGUCCUACUUAUGCACAGAGUAAUGGAUUAGCCGAAUGUGCAGUGGGAAUUGCCAAGAAGAUUAUGCGCAAGAGUCAUGAGUCCAAGGAAGAUUACCGAAUAUUGCUGAGAGAGCAAAAUUCAAACCCUCUCUCUGGAAUGGAACAUUCGCCAGCGCAAAUCCUGUACAGCAGACAAAUUAAGACAAACAUACCAACAUCAAGGAAAACUUUGGAACCCAAACUGGUGCAGAAGGAAGCUCACAAGAAAAUGAUUGAGAACCAGCAAGUCAGGAAGACAAGCCAUGACAAGAGGGUUGGUCGAAAACCACAGAUUUUCAAGUCAGGUCAAAGUGUCAAUAUUAGGAACAGACAUGAGACAACUUGGACUCCUGGAACCGUGAUUGGGCAACAUCAAAAUCCCAGAUCGUAUCUUGUCAAGAAUAGCAGAGGAAACAUCGUCAGAAGAAAUGAGAGACAUCUUUCGAAUGCCCCCUCGAAGCUAGAAUAUCAGUCUGAUUACUCGGACAUUUCAUCAGUGGUGGUACCGCAAGAUCAACCUAAAUUCGACGUUGUCAACCCCAUGCCGGUCAUUCAAGAAACACCACAUUGUGAGGUUGUGACGGAGUUUGCCCUGAUUGUACCUGAUUACUUCUACCAAAUGCAGCAAUGA